CUGAUAAGAAAAUGGAAAAGUUUGUUUUUAAAACCUUAUCUUCUGAUUUUUCAAUUCCUUCGAUUCCUUCUAUUUCAAAAAUUUCCUUAAAACGCCUCGGUGUAUCAAAGCCAACACCACCACCACGGAAACCAGUAGCCCCCAAAACGUUUCCACCUGAUUUGUUGCUUCGCAUUCUUAAAUAUCUUCCAAUAGCCUCUCUCACAAAUUUUGCGCGUGCCUGCCGCCGUUUUAAAAUAUUAGUUUAUGACGAUGAAUUAUGGGAGCAGCAUCUGAAAACACUGGGUGUAAACAAAAUCUAUGAUAAUGUUAUGGACAUUUCUAUAGAUGAUUUAUUCAUAAAUACACAAAAUGAAAUCAGAGGAAAAUCUAAUAAAAAGAACAAUUCGCCAACUUCAUCACCAGUAAAUAAAAGAAAUAGUUUUACCGAUCAGUCGUUAGAAUUUGAUACAACAAUUACGGAAUCACAAAAGAAGUUGAAUCUGGUUCCAGGACUCUCACUCAAUCCUCUUUUGCGAAAGUCUCGUACUGCAUCUACUGGCGUUGCAAGAGAAAUUUUCAAGAAAAUCUACAUAGCAUUACUACCUUAUUACAUAGAUUUUAGAACUAAGCGAAAGGACAGUCGUUUAUUCAAAGAGUACACAGAUCCAUCUAAUCAAGCUAAGAUGUUAGCUCGGUUGACUAAUUUUGGAAAGUUGAAUGUCACUUAUGAUUCAGAUGAGAUCAAUAGUAAUCUUGAGACCAUUGUUGAAUAUUUUGAAAAUUCGGCGCUUCAUCAUUUUGAAUUAGCGUAUGAUGCUCAUAAUUUAAAUGAAAUGAAGAAAUGGGCCGCUAUGCUGUUAAAUUUGAAUGGAGGUAUAACAUGCAUUCAGCAUCUAAUUGAGGUUUCAACAUUAAUACUAAAAAUUAAAUCGAAAUUUCGUUCAAUUAGGCAAAUUCCGGCAUUAUCUAAUGAAGAAUUAAAUUUUGCGCCCAUGUCAGAAUUUUUUAGCUACGUAGAAGAUGAAUUAAAAAAGCAAGCUCCUUUGAUAGACAAGAUAUUUCCACCAGAUACAGGCGUUUUUCAUAAUUUUGUUGAACGUGUUUUUGAAGAUUUGAUCACAGAUUACAUCUCCCAAGUUUUAGAAGAAGCUCGUAAUCGAGAUAUUAUUCUAUACCUCAAGACUGUAGUCGCAGCUUAUAAUCGUUGUACACAUGUAGCAGAAGUUCUUUGGAAAGAAGUCGAACCUAGUAUGGAUAAAAUAAAUGCCGAGAAUAUGAUGCACCAUAUGUUUGAAAUUUUCAUGAAUGAAUAUUUAAGGACGGAGUUCGCAACCGUCAAAUCACAAUGCGAUGAGCAAAUUGAGAAAUGGAAUCAAAAGCUGAUUGAGAAAACAUCGGAAAGACAACAGACCAUUCUCAUCAACUCUAAUCGGGAAAUUUAUAAACGUGAUUACCUAACAUAUUUUCGAAAAAUUCUUAUGUUGCCUGCGCCACGUUCAAGGAGUUCAACUUCAUCCAUGUCGUCACAAAUGAGUUAUCAUUUUGAUAGAAGAGGCAGUACCGCGAGUUCUCACAGCACCAAGAGCUUAAAUAGUACAUCUAACACAUCAGAUUUGCAAGCAGCAUUAUUGAAUAUUAAAUUUGAUGAACUGCAGCAGCUGUUAAGCCUGGAGAUGACUUUACAUAUGAUACACGCCAAUAAGAAUGCUUUACAUAGAAUCAGUGUGUUCUUGGGAUAUCCGGACAAGAUGGGUUACAAAGUCAAAGAUAUCCUGGAGGGUAUUUUUAUAGUGUUUCUUCGAAUACUUGGAUUGAAACAUAUCAAAUCGGGGUUUGACACUGCCACGCAACACCUUGGAGAAUAUAAACCUAACUCUGAUUCCACUUCGAAUGGCCUUGCACCUUUGGUAGAAUUUUUUGAAUUAAUUCACAUCGCUGAUUUGAUACAACAAAUGGUUCAGGUUUACUAUGAAGAAGAAAUG